GCAAAUAUGGUGUUCUGUAACAUCCUUGCUUCAACUCCGUAUCCCGCAGAGUGUGCACCGAGCUGUAAUUGCACAAGAGUUCCUUCCAACGAUGUUUGCAAACCACUUCUGAGCUCGUCCAAGAAUGAUCAUGUCAAGUGCAUCUGCCCAGAAAACGGACUGAUACCUGACGAGUUUCUGGAUGUUCUUUGUCUUGAGGUGAAAUUUGAAGGCCAAGCUGUUCUGGACAGUGGAUCUUUCAGCGUGAAUAAUUUCAGCGCCCUGUACGGUUUGACAAUGUCUGGGGUUCAGUAUAUCACACCAGGUGGUUUCAGAGCGGUGGCAAGUAUUACACAACUGUUUUUCAGAGACAUAUCUGUAAUCGUUUUUGAAGGGAAUGUUUUCAUGUACCUGGAGCGACUUGGAGAGAUCCUUGCUGGUAAUAAUAACAUAAGUUUUCUGCAGGAUGGAUGCUUUGAAGGUCUUACCCAGACCCGUAACCUCAAUUUAUCAUAUAAUUCUAUCUCGGGUGUUUCCAGGGAUAACUUUCUUGGACUGACAAUGUUACAGACACUCGAUCUUUCAUGGAACAACAUCGUUCGACUCGAACCAAGAACUUUCGAACUGAUGCCAAAACUUCAAACACUGAACCUUGCUUCAAACGCCAUAGUACGAAUUGACCGCGGGACCUUUCAGAAUUUGAACCAACUGGGAACACUCAAUCUUGAUGGGAACCAAAUCAACGUACUUCCAGAGCCACAGGUCUCAGAAUCAAAGAGUCACCCAGUUAUCGUAAUCAUACGCCACAAUCCUCUACAAUGCGAUUGUCGCAUGAACUGGGUAAACUCUUGGAUUAAGACCGAGGGUCCACAAAUCUCUGGUAGUUGCGAAUAUCCGGAGACGCUCAAACGGAUCACCAUAUUCAAAGCUUACAAAGAACCGAUGCCACAAUGCCAUGGCAAUAACACUAAGAUACAUGUAAGUACAGGAAGUAUGGCCAUACUGACCUGUCCAUUUGUUUAUGCCUCCUGGGUUGUUCCUGAUAUGCCUAAUGCUACUCUCCAGGACUCAGGGCAGAGCGACAACCAUUAUUUCCUGACCAAUCGUGAUUCACUCGUGGUUUGGAACGCCCAAAAGCAACAAGAAGGCGUUUACACAUGCACCACAGAAGAUAGAGAAGAAUCAUUGAUCUACGAUCUUGUGAUUGACUCCAAACCACAUAUUUUGUUGAUGUUCUUUAUCAUUUUUGUCAUAUUGUGGCUUUUAUACAUGUGUUACACUUUGAACCGUCACGGUUGCUUUAAUAAAUGUCAAAUAAAUGGAUACAAGGUCAUGAACGACCAGAACGAUGGGAACAUAAUUCAUAACCGAAUCGUUGGGUAAUGUAUACUGUCCACCAACAAUUUGUCAAAAUCUUUUCCAAUUCUGGUUGGUUUUGAACCAACAAUGUGCAUGUGAUUUGGUUGAAAACACACAGUAUUGCUUGAAAACUACCCAGAGUUGGAUAAAUAUUUCAACCAAUUGUUGUGUGAUCAUUAUGUUGCCCAACAUUUUAAGAGUGUAUGGUUUGUUGCUCCUGGUCGGGGCGAACCCAAAGACUUGAUUAUUUUGAAUAAUAUUUGUUUCUGAAAGCCAUAGCGUAUUUGAUGUAAUGAGAUAUCAUAUUAUAUAGAAUAAUAAGUUCUCGCGUACUUUUCAAAUUUUUGACCAUUGAUGAGUGGUCUAGCUCGACUGUGAGCAAUCGAACAUCUCGUAUCACCUACUGGACUGAAGAAUUUGAAACCAUUAUAAAAUGAAGAGGAAAAUGUUUCACAUGGUACCAACCAUUCUUGCGGUGUUAAUAUGGUGAUGUACUUCAUACUCCUUAUGAUAUUUCGAAAAACAAAAUCUAUUUUUAUCUAAGCUGGUGAUUGGAAGC